AUGAGUUUUAAGGAAAAGUUAUACAAAAGGAAGAACUGUAAUGAAGUCGUGUACGAGGGUCAAGGAAAAAUUUAUCAAAAUGUGAAGCCGAAUGAAAAGACAUUAAAGCCGAAAAAUGACGUCGACGAAAAAUUGACGAAGAACCUCCCCUUCUUUAUGAACAAGGCUGUGAAAAAUGAGCGAGACGAAGACGUCGAAUUCGUGACGAAGGCGAUGAGCACUUAUUUAAAUGUGGGCGAGGCGAUCAGAGUCCGAUUGGCACUCUUGUACAGCACGGAGCAAUUCACACUCUUUCGAAAUUAUUUGAUAGCCAUCAAGGAGAUACUAAAGGGAGUUCUAACAAUAAAAAUUACGCGGAAGGGAAAAAUAAAAAAAAAUAUAUUAAGAUUUAAUCCUGGACAUAUAAGUAUCAUAGCCAAUUGGUCAAGGAAGAUAUUAAUGUAUGAUGAAAUUACCCAAAUUAAUAUCGGCAGUAGCUGUACCCCCGAAUUGAGAUUGUUUGAGAAAAAAUAUCAGGACACUUCCAACAGGCCCAACUAUGUUGUGCUGAGGACUCUAUACAGGGACUACAGUUUUUUGUUUAUUACGGAUGAAAAAAUUUUAGUGAGAGUUAAGAGUGAGUCUCCACUUAUAAAAUUAAAAAAUAUGUUAAAAAAUGCAAAUGGUUUUGCGCAAAAUGAUGAUUUGUACUUAAAUAAUUCCCAAAUGAGGGAACUGAAAGAUAACACUAUUUCUACAACUGCGGAAAACUGUGAAGACAUCAGGAGGGAGCAACAGGAGGAGAACUACGAGGGGGGACGAGGUAGCAGCAGCAAUCACGCGUUAGCUAAGGGCAAACUGCAGGACGUGAAUAAUGUGAGCCAAGGAUUUAAGUACUUUUUUUUGAGUGUACUUCGGAGCAUCAAAUCGAGGGGUGUUGACAUGUACAAUGAAGAAAUCAAAGCGAUAAUUAAAAAAAAUAAUAUGAUUUUUUUUGACAAGUACGAUUUUAAAAAUUGGAAAAUUAAUUGUUUUUUCCUUUUCUGUCAAAUACAGUUUGACAUUUGUGGACCAGAAAUCUGGUUCACCUCCAAAUUUGACGAGAUACUCUUCACGCACAUGAAUUAG